ACGAGCUUUGUUAAAGAUGAUGAACAAGUAUGCACUGUACUAUCAAAUAGGGAAAGUGAAAAGGGGAAAUUUCGUUAGGCAUUUCUCUCAUCGUUUAUUAGAAAUCGGAGAUACUUUGUGUCUGGCCAUUUUAUGGCGCUGCUAUUGUGAUUAGAAGAAAAGCAUAGAUGCUCGUUUCCAGACUUAGGAUUUCAUCUUACUCUUGAUCAUGAUCAGCAUUUUACACAACUCAGAAAUGGAAUCAGUAUUUGGAGACCUUCCUCCUAGUGGGAUUUCAGGUUCUUCACAUAACAGUUUUACAGUUGAAAAGUCUGCAAUAACGCCUCAAGAAUGUGAAAAUGCCGUGUCUUUGACCCAUGUUGGCAGAGCUGGGGAAGCUCAAAUGGUCGAUGUUUCUCCAAAAGAAAGCACCAAAAGAAUUGCAAUUGCUAGUUGCAAUGUAAUUCUUGGCAAGAAGGUGUUCGAUUUGGUCUUAGCUAACCAAAUGGCCAAGGGUGAUGUCCUCAGUGUUGCUAAAAUUGCAGGAAUAAGUGGAGCAAAGCACACGAGCACUCUAAUUCCACUUUGUCAUAACAUUACCCUGUCACAUGUGCGAGUCGACCUUCAUUUAAAUCCCAAAAAUUACAGUGUGGAUAUAGAAGGAGAAGCUGCAUCAACAGGUAAAACAGGAGUUGAAAUGGAAGCAAUGACAGCGGUGACCAUUGCUGGCCUUACUGUCUAUGAUAUGUGCAAAGCAGCUUCAAAAGAUAUACAGAUCACAAAUGUGCGACUUGAAAGUAAAACGGGUGGGAAGAGUGGACAAUGGUCAAGGGAGGAGUAAAAGCUUAAAGGUACAUGUGUUGUUUUACUUCUUCUGAAUGUUUGAGACAGUUGAUUUGAUGCACAUUUUUAAGAAAAUCUGGUUUGGUUUUACAACUUGGAUUGAAAAGUAGUUUGUCCUUGAGAUUAUUAGGUGAACUCUAAUGUUAAAAAAAGGAAAGAUUAGUAGGUGAGCCCUUGGCAGUCAUGUUACAAGAACCCUCAUGACUACAUCUACGCAUGAUCUACGCCCCCCUCCCCCUUCUUUCUUCUAUAAGCUUGCUUGGAUACAUCUCUUACCACUGCACUUUUUUCUUUUUUCUUUUUUUUUUUAAUUUCUAAAUCUUUUUUGAUCUACCCUUUUCAAACCCAAAUAAUAGUUACAAAAAGUUCAAAGACUGAAGUCCACAAAGAGGUGUUAAAUCCAACACUAUCCUAAUCCUCUUCUUCAGGGACGGACCCAAGGAACAACAUCCUUAUUCUAGCUUCUUUGCUGGAACCUUGGAAACAAUCAUAUGAGACACAUAUUUAGAUGUCAAUUUUUUUAGGAUUAAGGCUAUCUUGUAUGUUUCCAUCCACCCAUGCUCUUUUUUCUAUUUAGGAUAUCAUAAUGUAAUUUCUUACUGUUUUAUUUUCAAGGAUUCCCCCAAUACCUUUGAUGAAAAAGCUCAGGAAAGUCAUAUGGUCCUGGUGUUUAGUUGAUACAUUUGUUGUAAGGCCAUUUCAAUUUCUUCACGUACAAAAUUGUUAGUUUUACAUUGAUUUCCACUAUAACUCUUGGACUCGCGUGUCUUGGAACUUUUUGAAUAUGGAUUGCAUAUGGCGAUUCAAAAUUAGCUUUAGAAUAAGAAAGGUAUCUUCAACACCACUUAUGCCCCCUCGUCAUUCGCUUGGACCAAUAAAAAUUCCCUUGAUUUCA